AUGAACCUACUCGCCCUACUCUUGACAGCUGCUUUCCUAAACGCAUACGAUGCAAAAACCCCUCGCAAUUGCAACUCUAUUCCAAACAAAGUCGAACUCAAACGCGUCACAAUGCUGUCCAAAUACGUGUUCACGGGAAAAGUGUUUAGUGUCGUCUCAAGAAAUAGUACACGAGUGUAUAAAGUGAACAUUCGAAGAGUAUUGAAAGGUGAUUUGAAUGAUAUAGAAGUGGCCGUUCGGUUCGGUGCAUCGAAUUCGUUGCGAUUUAGCGACGCUACAGUGAUGGUGGAGAUUUCAUAUUCGUUUAACUGCCCUUCGUUGCGUGUGCGCACAUAUGCGAUAUUCCUGACAGAAAAAUAUUUGGAGUCGGGGACUUUGCGACUGAGCCUGCUUGUGGAACCGGUGCCGCUGACUUUGAGGAGUAUUGGCAUCAUCGAGGCUGCUGUGAAAGAUUGAUCCACACGUGUUGCCAGGGGAUUUUAGUUACAAAAAUGACCGUAAACAGCAUCAUAAGG